CAAAGAUCAAUGUUCAAAUAUUGCUAACAUGACGUUGUCCAUGCGGAACCUGCAUGGGCAACAGUGCUGUCUGCUGUCGCCAGUGCUAUGCCUCAUGGCAGUUACUAGUCAUGGACGACAGCUUGCUCCCUGCUUACAGAUAUUUCGGGUAUCAGAAUGUGAAGGGAGGCAUUGGAAGAUCCAUCCAUUAUCGGCAGCACCAGAGCACUGAAGAUCACGAUGGACUUUUUCAGCCUAAUAGCAUGCUACCUUCUUCUUCUUGCCGUGCUGAUCUUUCUUCUGCUCUUCGGAGAAGCGGCCAUCUUCAUUGACACUCCCAUUGCUAGCCUUCAUUGGCUCCUGUUCUCGGGCAUAUGCCAGGGAUUCUGGUGGCUUGUGGAGCGGUCAGCUGGAGUUCAUGGGAAGCAGGUGCUUGAGAGGUGGCGAGACAAGUGCGCAGAAAGCUCCAGCCCCGUCCUGCAGAUAUUCUACAUUGUUCUCCUGGCAGUCGGCUUCUACUUUUACACUGUGGACAUCUUCUGCUUCUUGCCCCAGUCAUACGCUCCUACGUGGCACAUAUACACAGGGACCUUUACACUGGGCGCCUGCUUAUUGGCGUUUUACACUGCCAGCGUGAGCGAUCCGGGUCGGAUUACAGCUGACAAUGUGGCAGCGCACUGUGCGCUGUAUCCGUAUGAUGAGCUGACAAGCCGCAGCGGCCAGCAGUGCUGGUCUUGCCUUUGGCAGAGACCCGCCCGCUCAAAACACUGCCCGGCAUGCAAAAGGUGCAUUGCAAGGUUUGAUCACCAUUGCGCAUGGAUCAACAAUUGCGUGGGCCUUUGCAAUCUUAGAUACUUCAUGGCAUUUCUGGUGGCCAACAUGGUCCUGUGCUCCUAUGGAUUGGCGCUGGGCUGCAUCAUCAUGCAUGGGGUCCUAGAAGAGCGGGGCGCGUGGACAAUCGUUGUCAGGGAGCGCAGCACCGGGAGAAUGUAUCUGCUGGGAUCUCGUCCGCGCAUAUUGCUGCAAUGGAUGCUGCAGCAGUACCCUGUGCCGGUUGCCGAGCUCAUCUUCUUGGGGGUGGCACUGCUCUUGGUGUUGGGGUUUUUUGCCUACCACACAUGGCUCAUAUCCAGGGCCACAACAACGUAUGAGACCUUCAAGUGGAGGGAGGUGGCCAGGAGGCUGCGUGCUGAAAGCUUGGCAGAGCAUGCAGAUGGCCAGGGGCAAGAAAAUCUGUCCCUGUCUGCAGCAGCUGUCAAGGGGCGCUUGUGGCCAGCUUCUGGGCAGUCCAAGCCCGCAGUUGCUGCGCCACAGAACAUCUAUGACAAAGGCUUUGCUGCCAACUUCAGAGAUGCAUUGAUUCCCCCCAGCUGGGCAGGAAGGAAAGCUGCGGUGCAAGCCAAGAAGAAUCUCUGAUGUGGGAUCUUGAGCAGUACUGCACAUGUGUAGAUUAGGACUCUGUACAAUUUAGGCAGUCUCUUGAGUAUUACAUUCCAAGUGGGCUAGAUGUGCCUGCAAAUUCAUCUUGAACCAUCUGGAGCUGCCACGUGCAGCUCAACCAUCCCAUCAACUCCAAUUGAGAACAUGAUGCGGAACAGGUGUAGAUUCUACAUCUUGCUCAAUGCACCCAGAACUUCUAAAGUCAUUAGCUACCCUCCAGGCUACAAAUGUCAAGAACGUGGCACAGCGCUCGCUCUAAGUGCCAUUGGGCAUGCCAGGUUAAUACUGUGGCUGCUCCAUGACAAUUUAUUUGAAACAACGUUAAAAGAUACUUCGUAAUUCAUCUGUGUAACUGGAAGCUGAUC